AUGGCGGCCGUGAGCGAGGAUACGACGUCGCCGUUGUUUACGGGAGACCUCGAUGAAGCCGCGUUGGCCGAAGAGGCAGCCCAAAUGGCAGCCGCGAUUGCUGACUUGGAAGACGCUCUGGAGACCAAUGAAUUGGACCGAAAGGAAGAAGAAACAUUCUUUGAAGUGGCUGCCAAAAUCACCAUUGAUGCCGAUGGCGACGACGACGAAUCUGGGGAGGCUGGUACGACGAGUGACACCAGCGCCAUUGGCGCCAUUGCCAUGAAAGUCUUUAGUGCUCCCAACACCAAUGUGUUUGACGACGAAGAGGAAGAGUUUCGACAACAAGUUGCGGACGAUUUGAAGCAGCGAAAGGAAGAGGAAGAAAAGGAAGAAUUGGAACGUCAACAGGCUCUGGAGAAUGAUGUCUCAGAUGAGGAGGACGAAGAAGAAGAAUUGGGGGUUGAGGAAGGAGCCCUAUCGGAUGACGACGAAGACGAUGUGGAUGACAUUGAUCUGGAGGAUGAGGGAGAAGAAGAAGAUGAGGAAAGCAGUCAUGGCGACCCUGAAUUAGAAGUGGCAGUGGCAGAAGAAGAUGAAGACAUACAGGAUGACAUGAGCAUUGAUGAUUCCAUCACAUCGGAUGACCCCAGUAUGGAUUCCUCCGCUUCAUCCGAGUCGUCGGAUUCCUCUUCUUCCGAAUCAUCCAGUAGUGAAGACAGCUCUUCUUCGUCUUCGUCUUCUCAUUCAUCCGAACCAGCAGAAGAACCAACAAAAGACAACAACCGAAAGAGCCAACGAGGUUCCAACCCACACAAUUCUGCACAUUCACUGUGCCUAUCCGAAAUAAUUGACAAGGAUGAUGAUGGUAGGAAAGGAACUGACAAUAAUGACAGUGACGAAGUACUGUUACGCAACGGAAUUCUGAGGGUCGAUGAAACUUCCAAUGAUCAAGCCUUUAUUUGUGAUUGGGAUCGAUGGCGCAAUUGGAAAAAGCGAAAACUAAGCAACAACAAUUCACAAAACAACAGCAAUAACAAUAGUAUGGAGGAAUCCUCCCAGCGAUGGGGGCACGACGAGACGUUGAAACGCCAGGAUUCACAUUUACGAAUGCCCAAACGACGGACCAGUGGAAGCAGUCAUGACGGCAGCAUCGUCAGUCAAGAAGUCAUGGAAAGCAUCGUUCAAGACAACAAUGCAAAGAAAGCCAACGACAAUGACAAAAACAGCAAAGUCAACACCACCAACAACAACAGGGAAGGAUUUUUUGAUUGGACUGCAUGGAGACAAAGAAAAGAUGGACGACAACUCUCCUCCACGUCAAGGACUGCGUCCUCCUCCUCCGAUGAGGAUGGCGAUGCAGAUGUUGGUGGGGCCAAUUUCGACGAGGGCUCUGUACUGGCCAAGCUCGAUGAGUGGGAGGAAAUGGAGGAAUCCAUGAGAAGCUUGACAUCCAUCGGUGACGACUACGACGAGGAAGGGGAAUUUGCGUUUGAAAACGAGGAUCUACAAACGGCCUCGGAUCAUUCUCGGUCCUCCACCAAUAAAAGGAGUAGUCAGCGAAAGUCGUCUACUAGUAGUUUAUCACCGCGACGGUCCCAUUCCAAAUCGCCAGUGAACAACAAGGACAAGAGUAAUAAUACUGCGUCUUGGAAAAAGUGGCAACGCGACAAGCGUCGAAGUGGGUUUACGAAUCGGUUGACUAAAUCACAUUCGGAAAAGUGGAACGACGACAGUGAUGAUCAGUCGACGAGCAGCAACAGCAACAACAAGCGAAGAGAGAGUAUCAAACGAACACAAUCGGAGCGAGGACUUAACAGCAAGAAAAAGCCACCACCGAUUCCGUCCCAAAAUAAAAAGGGAUUCCGACGUGCGCAAUCAUGGGACAACAGCGACCUAUUCGCCAAGACGGACAUUUUUGACUGGAAGAGUUGGCGCAAAGACAGGCAACGGACGAUGAAGAAAAGCAACUCGGACCCGCGUCUGUCCUCCAAGUCACAUCGGCGAAACUCGGAGCGAAACUUGUCCAAGUCGGUUCACAACUAG